AUGGACGUUCAAUCUUCUUCUGCAACCAAUGGUGCUGCCUCUUCUGUACAAACUCCAAUUAUUGAAUUAAUUGAUGGAAAGUAUUAUCCAUCAGGUAGUCAUCAUAAUACUGAAAGAGAAAUACCAUCCGAAUUUAAAUGUAUUAAAGAAGGAACAGCUACAGUUAUUUAUUCUAAAGAUACUGAAGCCUUUUAUAAUAAGGUUCAAGUCUUUAAUAGAGAUACAUCAACUUUGGUGAUUAAAAUGUUCAAUGAUAUUAGAAAGGAAGAAAAAUUAAAUCCACCACAAAAGAAGAGACAACAAAAACAACAAGCUAAGCAACAACAACAAGAAUCCACUACCACUACUGCCACUAAUACUAGUGAACAACAAGCAUCCGAACAACAAACACAACCACCACAACCAAAACAACAAUCAAAUGAUCAAAUGGAUACAAGUGAUGAUAAAAAACCAACUUAUGAAGGUAUUAGAAUUUUAGAAGCCUUGUCUGCAACAGGCUUACGUUCAAUUCGUUAUUGGCAUGAAAUUCCAAAUGUUAAACAAAUUAUUGCUAAUGAUUUAUUACCUGAAGCAGUUGAAGUGAUUAAGAGAAAUGUAGAAUUUAAUAAUAUUUCAGAUAAUAGUAUUAUUGCUAAUCAAGCUGAUGCAAUUGUAUAUAUGGCAUCAAAUACAGAUAAAGCUUUUGAUGUUGUUGAUUUAGAUCCAUAUGGUACAGCAGCACCAUUUAUUGAUGGAGCAAUUCAAUCAGUUGAUGGAAAUGGAGGAUUAUUAUGUGUAACAUGUACAGAUAUGGCAGUUUUAUGUGGACAACAACCAGGUACUUGUUUUGCUAAAUAUGGAUCAUAUCCACAAAAAUUGAAAUCAUGUCAUGAACAAGGAUUGAGAAUGUUAAUUUCAUCAAUUCAAACAUGUGCAUCAAAGUAUAAGAGAUAUGUUGUACCUGUACUUUCACUUUCAAUUGAUUUUUAUGUUAGAAUUUUUGUUAGAGUUUAUACUUCACCUGAAAAGGUUAAAACAAUUUACAAACAAUUUGGAAAUGUUUUUGUUUGUUCUGGAUGUGAAUCAUAUUAUUAUGAAAAUUUAGGAGGUGGAUCAAGUGCAUCUAGAAAGGAAUAUAUUCAUGAUCAUUCAAUUCCAAAAGAUAAUUGUCCUGAAUGUGGAUGGAGACUUAAAUUAUCUGGUCCAAUGUGGUUAGGUCCAAUUCAUGACGCUGAUUUCAUUUCUAAAUGUUUAGAUCACGUUCAAAAGAAUACUCAUUUAUUUACAACUCAUAAGAGAAUUAUUGGUUUAUUAACUGCUGCAAAGAAUGAAUUAUCUGAUAUUCCACUCUAUUAUUAUCUUGAUCAUGUUGCAAGUGUUUUGAAAUGUAAUAAUAUUCCAAUGAAUGUUGCUAGAUCUGCUAUUUUAAAUGCUGGUUAUAGAGUUUCAGGUACUCACAUUAAACCAAAUGCAAUCAAAACUGAUGCUCCAAUGAGUUUCAUUUAUGAUAUGAUGAAGGAAUGGAUAAAGACUCAUCCUGUUAAACAAUCAGUUCAACCACAAUCAGUUCAACAACAAGAAUCUACCACUUCCACUACUGCUACCACUACUGCCACUACCACUGCCACUACUGCUACCACUACUACUAAUAGUACUCCUAUUCAUAGUGAUAAGAAAUUAACACCAGGUCAAGUCAUUCUUUCCAGACCUCAAAAAUCUCAAGUUAGUUUGGAAAUUAAUCAAAAAGCUUUAAUUUCAAGCAAACAUACAGGUAUUCCAACUUAUUUACCAAAUCCAGAAGAAAAUUGGGGACCAGGUAGAAGAAAGACAAUUCAUCAAUCUAUUAAUGCAUCAUCUUCUAAUAAUGAAGAUGAAGAAACAAACACAACUAAUACAAAUGAAGAAUCACUCUCUCCACAAACAAAGAAACAAAAACAUGAAUAAAUUGUUAUUAAGAAUGUUC